CGUCACGUGACGGGGAGUGACCUCGCCGCCCGGCGCCAUGGGGGCUUCGGACCCGGAAGUGGCGCCCUGGGCUCGCGGCGGUGCCGCGGGGAUGGCGGGAGCCGGAGCUGGCGCUGGAGCUCGCGGCGGCGCGGCGGCCGGGGUCGAGGCCCGAGCUCGCGAUCCGCCGCCCGCGCACCGCGCCCAUCCGCGACACCCUCGGCCUGCGGCGCAGCCCUCGGCCCGCAGGAUGGACGGCGGGUCGGGGGGCCUGGGCUCCGGGGACAACGCCCCGACCACUGAGGCGCUUUUCGUGGCGCUGGGCGCGGGCGUGACGGCGCUCAGCCACCCGCUGCUCUAUGUGAAGCUGCUCAUCCAGGUGGGUCAUGAGCCGAUGCCCCCCACCCUCGGGACCAAUGUGCUGGGGAGGAAGGUCCUCUACCUGCCAAGCUUCUUCACCUAUGCCAAGUACAUUGUGCAAGUGGAUGGUAAGAUAGGGCUGUUCCGAGGCCUGAGCCCCCGACUGAUGUCCAACGCCCUCUCCACUGUGACCCGGGGCAGCAUGAAGAAGGUGUUCCCUCCGGAUGAGAUUGAGCAGGUUUCCAACAAGGAUGAUAUGAAGACUUCUCUAAAGAAAGUCGUGAAAGAGACCUCCUACGAGAUGAUGAUGCAGUGUGUGUCCCGUAUGUUGGCCCACCCCCUCCAUGUCAUCUCAAUGCGCUGCAUGGUCCAGUUUGUGGGACGGGAGGCCAAGUACAGCGGUGUGCUGAGCUCCAUCGGGAAGAUUUUUAAAGAGGAGGGGCUGCUGGGAUUCUUUGUUGGCUUAAUCCCUCACCUCCUGGGCGAUGUGGUUUUCUUGUGGGGCUGUAACCUGCUGGCCCACUUCAUCAAUGCCUACCUGGUGGAUGACAGCGUGAGUGACACCCCAGGGGGGCUGGGAAACGACCAGAAUCCAGGUUCCCAGUUCAGCCAGGCCCUGGCCAUCCGGAGCUACACCAAGUUUGUGAUGGGGAUCGCAGUGAGCAUGCUGACCUACCCCUUCCUGCUGGUCGGUGACCUCAUGGCUGUGAACAACUGCGGGCUGCAGGCGGGGCUCCCUCCUUACUCCCCAGUGUUCAAAUCCUGGAUUCACUGCUGGAAGUACCUGAGUGUGCAGGGCCAGCUCUUCCGAGGCUCCAGCCUGCUUUUCCGCCGGGUGUCAUCAGGAUCAUGCUUUGCCCUGGAGUAACCUGAAUCAUCUUAAAAACACACUAUCUCAGCCUGGCCACCGUGGGCGAAGCCUGGUUGUCUCAGGACACCUGCAAGAUGACUUCAACCCAACAACAACUAGAUGUGCCCCAGCCUAGCUGGGCUUCAGUUUCCAUAUUCACGUGUGUCUGUCCAGAUGUGGGGCGGGCUGCGGGGGGUAGAGCCACGCCCAAUGGACUGGGUCACCUGCCAGACCUGGGGAAGGUGGGGUGAGGAGUUGGCUGGAAUGUCUGUACCUCCCAGAUGUGCUGACUCUGCCUUCAGCGGGCCAGAGAAUGGCUUCUGCAGGCCCAGACUGGCUGGGGAAAGGUGACUGGGGUGGGAUCCCAGUCCCCUCCCCUCAUCAGCCCCACUCCCAGCCCACAGCUUGGCUGGGGACGUCAUUCUGCUUUGUAAAUAGGGCGUGAUCGAGGCUGCCAUGAUCCUCAGCCUGUGCUUGGAAGCUAGUGCUGGGCUCUGUCUUCAUUUUUCUCAACACUACUUAUCUGAUAGGAGGGCAGCGCCUUCUCUGAAUGGGAAAUCAUGUGACUACUCAGAAUGUGUCCACUUACCUAACACUUGUCUGUUUAAUGGUGGCACCACACAUGCCGGAUCUGGUUGCCUGUGCAAUUGUGCAUACCUAGGGACAAGGCAGACCAGUGUCUCUAGCUCUACCCAGUAUAAGAGUUUAUGGUAAUAUUUGACCCUCCCUCCCUCAAAUAAAUGUAUCGGUGGUGAUUUGGA